AUGCCAUCACGAACCUCUGUGUCGGUGGCACAAUACCUCUUUUCCCGGAUCAAAGAGGUUGGCAUUCGAUCCGUUCAUGGCGUACCAGGGGACUACAAUCUGGCGUCACUGGACUAUGUAGGCAAAGCUGGACUGCGCUGGAUUGGCAAUUGCAAUGAGCUAAAUGCUGGAUAUGCAGCCGAUGGGUACGCUCGCGUCCAUGGAAUUUCUGCGUUGAUGACAACCGCCGGGGUUGGGGAGCUGUCAGCCUUGAAUGCGAUUGCAGGAGCAUAUGCCGAGUACGUCCCCAUCGUGCACAUCGUGGGGCAACCCAGCUUGCGAUCCCAGCAGCAGAAGAAAUUACUUCAUCAUUCUCUAAGUGACGGCGAUUUCGCGGCAAUUUCCAAAAUCUCGCAGCGGGUGACUACCAGGAGUGUGCAGAUAGACUGCGCAAAACGAGCGCCCGGGGUGAUUGAUGAUAUUAUUGGUGAGUGUUGGAACACCAGCAGACCUGUCUCGAUCACUUUGCCUAUGGACAUGGUUCAUACCCCAGUCCUGGCAGAAAAUCUGGGACGGCCACUCGAUCUUGGUGCCUCAACAAACGAUAUCGCACACGAAGCUUUCGCGGUUGACGCUAUCCUCGAAGCUCUGCGGACGGCACAGCGACCCAUUCUUCUGGUCGGGGGGUAUAACGUACGUUUCACGAAGCGAAGGGAGGUGCAUUUGCUAGCUGAAAGACUGGGACUACCCGUCUUUUUAUCCGCAUCUGGGCGUGGAAUUAUAGAUGAAGAACAUCCCAAUUUCAACGGGCUUUACUUGGGAGACUGCUCCGAUCCAUAUGUCGCGGAGAAGGUCAGGUCCUCGGAUUUGAUCAUCUCCGUUGGCAACAUUCACUCUGACUUGAACGUCGCAUCUGUGGCAUGGGACUUUCAUCCAUCGAAUAUGGUCGAGCUUCGCGAUAAAAUGAUCCACGUACGGGGCAAACAGUACCCGGGACUGAGCAGUACAGGCCUUCUGCGGGCUCUUCUCCACCGCCUGGCCGACGUCACAGCGGUGGAUAAUCGCAAUCGCAAGGCUUUUCAAUUGGCAAAUGGUUCUUUUGAAACAAGCGGUGCAAACAUUUCAUCCAUUCCACCCGCAGCUGUCAAUAAAUAUCGGGUCUCUAAGAGUAAAUUGACAAAUUGCGAGUCACGAAAUAUGGCGCAUACACUAAGUUAUAGCGAGGAAAGUCCUCUUAACCAUGACUGGCUGUGGCCCACGCUGAGCAGCUGGUUACGCCCCAAGGACACAGUGAUCGCUGAAACUGGAACCUCAAACUUCGGAAUAUGGUCUACCAAAAUGCCUCAUGAUAUCACCUUCAUCAGCCAGUACGUGUGGGGGAGUAUCGGUUACUCUCUAGGCGCUUGCCAGGGAUCCGCAGCAGCAGUUCAGGACUCAACAAGUCCUGACCGACGAACCGUUUUAUUUAUUGGUGAUGGGAGCUUUCAGUUCACCUGCCAGGAGUUGAGUACAAUCAUCAAGCAUAACCUCUCGCCUAUCAUCUUCGUGAUCUGCAAUCAAGGCUACACCGUUGAACGGCUUAUUCACGGUUGGGAUGAAUCUUAUAAUGACAUCCAGGAGUGGCAGCCUCGGAAACUACUGGAGGUGUUUGGCGCCGAUCCGGGAUCCUAUCAGACCCACCAAGUUCGAACCAUGGCUGAGUUCUCCGCUCUUUUACAGGAUCCAUCUUUCAACGACAAGCAGGUUCUUCGAUUCGUCCAAUUACAUAUGGAUCGGGAUGAUGCGCCAUCCGAUCUCAAGACACUCGCUCAACAGCUCGCAGCACGGGACUCGAACUCAAGAGAUAAUGAAUGA